UAUCACAAACAAAAGACUGAGGCAAAACAUCGGCUUUUCUGUGAAGCCUUUUAGUAACAAAGAUUUGUUUUGAAUCAAAACAAAUUAGGAACAACGCGACUCACAGGACGACAGAUCGUGAAAUCGGCGCGUUUUAUCAAUGACACAACAUGAAUUUCAAUCAGCGUGGAUUUAUCAACAGAAUAUCGUGCUUUGAAAUCUUUGGCGGUAUUCAAUUAAGGGUCGUUUGUUUGCCCGGGCUUGGCGCUCUCAUUCAAGUUUAAUGCCUCAAUUAAACCGAUACCAAGAACAUUGAACAGGGUGCAGAGAGAGGCUGGAAAAUAGCAAUAAGUUUGAUCGCAAAUACGUGCGGGAAAAACGUUAAUCGCACGGGCUUUCUGGACAAUUAGGCUCACAAUGUUGCCACGCAUAUUUCAUUUGCGCACUUUGUGUGGAAUCAGUUCAACAAAAUUAGUUGUUUAUUCAGGCGGAAAGAUUUUUUUGAAAGCCGUCUUUGAAGUCACGCCUUGUCAGACAAGAAUAGAGAAAGGAUCUCGCCCGCCACAAUAUAAUAACAAGUGGCACAACAGAACAGCAUAAUUUAUCUCCAUACACACCUCAUAAAAAAAAAAAAACCGAGGAGUUCAUUAACCCUCUUAAUUCGAGCCUCGCUUAUUCGGUAAAACGUACUGAUUUGACACAGUCAGAGACAAAGAGCUGUUAAACGUACGAAUCCAAAGAUUUCAUUUACAACCUUCUCGCUUGUUGUGUUGUCAGAGAAACACGACGUGCAACAUUUGAUUGCGUCCUGGCAAGCAAUUGGCUCGAAACGGGCCUUAUCACCAAUGAACAGAAUCCAAAACAGAGGUUAAUUAGAAUUCCUCAGGGAAAACGUUUUUCGGUGAUAAUUGGAAAACAUGGCAUAAAUGCAUUUUAAUAACUUGCUGAAACCUCCAACAGAAGCGCUUCCUGAAUAUUAAAAAUCAGAACAAUUUCCGAUGGACGUGUAUUAUUACAUCGCUAAGAACGCCCCGACAAAGACCGCAAAUUGCGUCGUCGCGCUUUCAUCUAGCUCAUUUUUGCGGCAGCCUUUCAUUCCGAUUUACAUAAUUCUGAUUGGCUCUCCGACGAGAAGGAGCCAUGGUAACAGACCACCUGUCUCGAAAACAAAGAGGUGAUUGACAGUUCGACAGGCGCAGCAGGCAUGGUGAGGUUUGACAUUUACAAUUUCAAAGCAAAUAACGAAUGAGAGUCAUCAAUGGAUAUUACUUGCAGUUGCGGCUUUUCUCUGUGAAGUGACGGAUAAGUUUCUUGUUAGUUCAGUCUUUUAACAAAGAGAUGAAGCAACCGACGAGAUCGACGUGGCUUUUGAGCCGUUCUGUGGGUCCACUGUUCACCUUACUCCUCGUCUGUAUGCCAGGAUUACAGGGGAAAAAAUCAAAAUGUGAAAAAAUCACCAUUCCACUUUGCACGAACCUUGGCUACAACACGACGGGUUUUCCCAAUUUUUUUGGGCAGGAGACACAGAAAGAAGCGGCUGAAAAAAUUCACGAAUUCACUCCGCUCGUGGCGGUGAACUGCGCGCCACAGUUGCGUUUUUUUCUGUGCUCUGUGUUCGCGCCGAUGUGCUCUGAAGGACUUGAUCAUCCGAUCUACUCUUGUAGAUCGAUGUGCGAAGCUGCGCGCAAUGGCUGUACACCAGUGAUGAAGAAGUUCGGGUUUGACUGGCCCGAUACACUGGAUUGCAGUCAAAUGCCGUUCCAAGGUGAUCCACGAGCCAAGAGCGACCCUAGCAAAUUGUGCAUGGCUGCUCCGGACUUGAAACACCAAUCCGUGAACAUGACGGAAUUCUGGAAUAAUUUCGACUCCUUGGAUCCAAAAUACAAAGAAGUGUUGAAACAAUUACAAAAACCCGGAGCGUGGGAUCACUCAACAGUUCCUCCGACUACAAGGAAAGAUACAGGCCAACUAUCACCCAAUCAAACCGAUAUCGGGGCCGUCAGCAUUCCUUCUUUAUGCAAAAACGACUCGACAAACCCUCUUGCUGCGAAGUUUGUCACGGUCGAGAAAUACGACAUGUGUGUUCCUAAGUGCGGAGAAGACGUGUACUUUACUACAAGCAACAGACGGUUUGUGGAGACAUGGGUCACGGUCUGGUCGAUAUUUUGUUUCAUUUCGACUGCAUUUACCGUCCUAACGUUCGCAAUCGACACAACAAGGUUUAAAUACCCCGAAAGGCCAAUUAUUUUCUUGUCCCUGUGUUACAAUCUCUACUCGAUCGCCUUCAUAGUGCGCGCAAUAGCGGGCACAGAGAACAUUAUUUGCGACAAGGCCAACCAUCAUGUGGUCGCGGCAGGCAUGAAUAUUGCAGACCAUGCUGGCUGCUCAGUUGUCUUUCUCAUGCUCUAUUACUUCGGAAUGGCUUCAGCGCUCUGGUGGGUGGCGUUAACAUUUGCCUGGUUUCUGGCCGCGGGAUUGAAGUGGGGACAGGAAGCCAUAGAAGCGAAGGCUACGUUUUUUCAUGUAGUUGCCUGGACUGUGCCCGCUGUACAAACCAUCAUCGUGCUUAUCCUGAGAAAAGUAGACGCUGAUGAACUAACUGGGAUCUGCUAUGUGGGCAACAGUGACCAGAAAAACCUCGGGGGGUAUGUUCUCGCUCCGUUAUGUUUUUAUCUCAUUGUUGGAACGCUAUUUCUCUUGGCGGGCUUCAUUGCGCUGUUUCGUAUUCGCACAGUUUUGAAAAACAAAGAGACUGACACAAACAAACUCGAGAAGUUGAUGGUCAGAAUCGGGGUGUUUUCCAUUUUGUACACCGUGCCCGUCACUUCCGUGGUCGCUUGCUACUUCUACGAGCACGCAAACAUGGAGCGAUGGAGAAUGAACGUGUUGCGAUGUCAAGGGGACGAGGCAUGCAUGGAGGAACAAGGUCCUAGUGUAGAACUUUUCACCGUAAAGUACUUUAUGCUGUUAGCGGUCGGCAUUACAUCGAACAUGUGGAUUUGGUCUACGAAAACGUGCCAGUCUUGGCGUACGUUUUACCGGAAAAAAUGCGAAGGGAGUGCCGAGAAAUCCGCCGAGAAGAAACCCCUAACAUCACAGCAGUCGACGAACAGUUUCAAAUCGAAUCAAAAGAGCGCAGCAAACCCUAUGACCUACGCUUUUAACGCGCCAGUCCCUUGCUCGCAAAGCUCUUCAACAGCUGUUACCUCGCUGCCUGUUCCUUUGUCGAGUUUGCCUCAGAGCAAAGCGAGCAGUGUUGCGGCGGGCGCUUCUGUGUGAGAAAAAAAAGACGGGGAAAUAUCUCGUCUGACCGCGCGGUGAAAACAAAAACACUGCCGCGAAGGCCGCGGAUAGAAAUUUUCCUUAAAGAAAACAGAUCAGCGUUACGCAUUUGACACCUUCACACGGUUCAGAUGGCCGAUUUACGAGAUUAGGAACUAUGAUAUUAACACGCCUUGAAGGAAGGAAAAAUGAGCCUGGUUGCUUCAACGACAAAUGCUACGUAAGAAAGCGCGACGGGAAAACCAAAAGAGCUUCAAAACACACAGACUCCGUGCCCGCGUAAUAGAUUACAUUUAGCGGCGUUCCAUCGAAACGACGCUGGAACAAAACUUGAGAUCGUGUUAUGUCCUGCGGAUUUAAUUACUUCCACUUGAGUAAAGAAUCGUGUUGAUGAAAAGGUUUGUUGAACAUCAAAACACAGAGAAAAGAUACAAGCACAAUUCACGCACAUUCUUGUGUCUGGAAAGAAGAUUCUUCAUAGCAAGUUGUUUCACUUCGCUUUUAGCCCCGAGACAAGGACAAUAACACUCGCCUUAACUGAGUCUUGCCAAAUGAUUCGGUUAUGAGCGAUAACAGCGUUAAGAGUUUCCUUAACUAAAUGAGGCGAGAAAUUUUACGACUUUUAACUGUACAAUACACUUUUAAACGGUCUAAGAUAACAGUAAGCGGUGUUUUGGCAGAGUUCAUGCUGCGAAUGGUUGUUGUUAGUUGUUAACUUUUGCUAUGUGGAUUUUUCGCCCAGGAGGGGCCGAUUGUAAUUACUGAAAAGAACGUAUUUGCAAUUCAUAUUUUCUCUAGGUUGUCAACAGUCCUGAUUGCUUAAUUCGAGCCAGGUUCACAUGUAGAAAAGCAAUCAGCCGUGGUAUAUUAGUAAUGUGCUGCAGCGCUGGCCGUUUCCAAUCUUAUCGCCGUUUAACAGCUAAAAGUUCACGGAUAACGCCAGUUUCAGAGCUUGUAUUACCGAAAUGUAAAUUACCAUGCUUUUUCUUUCAAUUAUUAAACAGUAUUUAUAUCUGACAUAUAAAAUUCAUCGUGCUAUUCAGCUAAUGCGCGUAGAUUAGUCAUUCACAGCUUGAGACUAUCAGCAUACGUCUUUGUUUUUUGGUUUCAUUUCUGCAUAAAAAAGUCCUUCACUUUGAAAGUAUGGCGUCCUCAUGUUAAGAUCGUCUAUGUCCCUCUAGGAAUAUUGACGGCUAUGCUUGAUUUUCAUGUUAUCUGAGAUCUCGGCGAUUUUUUUUUUUCAAUGAGAUAUUUCAUUUAGCUGUCAUUGAGAAAUAAAUAUUGCCACCAA